GUGACCCGUACAGACAGACCUCACCUCAGUCGAACACGAUCUUCCAAGAGUACUGCACGCGCCAUGACCUUACUUUUCAACGGAUACGAACCACGUGUGUGAAAUUAACGUGAACUACGCCUGAUCAUGGAUGGACUAUAUUUUUCUGCUGUCUUCGUUCUACUGCAAGCAUCCGCCGUAUCAUCAUGCGGCUUCCCCGGAGUGCCAGCGCACUGCUCCGUGUCGUUCUCGGAGGAGGUGCACACCGAGGGCACCGUGGUUACCUACACCUGUGACAGGGGCUUCGAGCUGCUCGGCCCUUCUAGACGUAUCUGCAAUGAUCACGGACGCUGGACGCCCGAUGGAAUCCCCUUUUGUGUUCUCAACGUAGCGGCAGGCAAGGCUCCAAUGCAGGUUUCCACCGAGGACGGGGGCGUGCCCCAAAAGGCUUUAGACGGCAGCACCUCAGGGGCCUUCAGCGCGGACACCUGCACUUUCACUAAGAAGGAGAUCGAGCCCUGGUGGUACGUGAAUCUCCUGGAGCCGUACAUGGUUCAGCUGGUGCGGUUGGAUUUCGGAAAGCCUUGCUGUGGAGUAAACAAACCAGCGGUAGUAGAAGUGCGCGUCGGCAACAAUAGACCCGACCUAGGAACGAAUCCGAUAUGCAACCGCUUCACGGGUUUCCUUAUCGAGGGACAGCCGUUGUUUUUGCCUUGCAACCCUCCAAUGCCGGGGGCGUUCAUGAGCGUGCACUUGAAGUCAACAGUGCCAAGCCAGUUAUCGCUGUGCGAGGCGUUUGUGUACACAGACCAAGCGUUGCCCAUAGAGAGAUGUCCUCAGUUCAGAGACCAGCCUCCCGGCAGCACGGCCACGUAUAACGGGAAGUGCUAUGUGUUCUACGACCGGCAGCCGGCGAACUUUCGAGAUGCUCUAGCGUUCUGUCACUCGAGGGGAGGGACGCUGGUCGAUGAGAGCAACCCCGCGUUACAAGGGUUCAUCAGCUGGGAGCUGUGGAGGCGACACCGGAGCGACAGCAGCAGCCAGUACUGGCUGGGCGCGGUUCGAGACCCGCAAGAGCCGAGCAACUGGAAGUGGGUGAACGGCAAGGACGUCACCAUCUCGUUCUGGAACGCGCCCGGCGGGACCGAGGGCUGCGCCCGCUUCGACGGCAGCAAGGGCUGGCUCUGGGCCGACACCGACUGCCACGCGAAAAUGAACUAUAUCUGCCAACAUCAGCCCAAAGAGUGCGGAAGACCAGAUCAACCGCCGAACUCAACGAUGACGGCAGAGAAUUUCGAAGUGGGAGCGAGUGUUGAGUACGCCUGUGACGAUGGGCACUUGCUCGUCGGGCCCACGGUCCGUACUUGCUUGGAAACUGGCUUCUAUGAUGAGUUCCCGCCUGUUUGCAAACGUAUAGACUGCGGCUAUCCCGCCGAAAUCCCGCACGGCAGCUACACACUCCUCAACGGCUCCGCGUCGUACCUCUCGCACGUGCAGUACGCGUGCGAGGCCGGCUACGAGAUGGCCGGCCGGUCGCGGCUGGUCUGCGACAUCGACGAGCGUUGGAAUGGGCCCCCGCCGAGAUGCGACGUGAUCAAAUGCGAUCGUCCGCCCACCAUAUCCAACGGGCGGGUGAUAAUGAUGAACGGCAGCACGUACGGCGCGGUCGUGCAGUACGUGUGCGCUCGCGGCUUCGAGCUGCGCGGAGCAGCCGCGAUCACGUGCCUCGCGUCCGGCUUGUGGGACAGCCCGCCACCGCAUUGCUAUCUGGAAGAAAUUUCGACUACAACAUCAUCAACGACGACAUCCACAACUACAACGAGCACUACAACAACGACGACGACGACUCCGGCGCCGAUUACGACGACACCGCGUCUGAUUCUCCCGACCAGACGGCGGAAACCGUCUACGACGUACCCAGACACUGACAAACUGAAACAGGAGACGACCAGAACUGUCACACCGAACAUAACGAAGACGACAACAGAACGCACGACAAGGAUGCCCUUCAAAAAAGUGACUGGCGCCGAUUCGGACAAUUCGUCGACGAGUCAUGUACCACAUAUCAUAGUGGCCAGCCUGCCACAGGAGAAUCAAAUAUUCGGGUCAGGCAACAACAUAAGGUCGGAGCAGACGCCGCGCGUGAACGCCCCGUCGCCCGUGGACGGCCCCCGCGGCGCGCGGCUCAACAUCGGCGCGGUGGUCGCGCUCGGGGCGUUCGGGGCACUUGUCUUCCUCAUCGCCAUUAUUGUAGCCAUCGUCAUGUUGGUCAAGAGCCGGCGUCACAAUGAAGACAAUAGGUACCAGCACCACGAUUCCGCCCAGGACCGUUUCACAGAGGUGUCGCUAGAAACUUCAUCGUCCGAGUGCCGGAACGGUUUGAACAAAUAUUACCAACACGCGUGGGAUCAAUUAAAUGAGUUGUCGAACGGGCCGCCCGAGCGCGCGCCGCCCAGGGACGGCCCCGCGGAGGUAGCGGACCCCAAGCCCAGCUUCAAGCCGCGCCGCCACCACCACCACCACCGGCUCGGCCACAGCUCCCGGCAGCCCUUCGUCUACUGA